CCGAAUCGUAUUUACUGCACAUGCAAGAGCACUUGCUCGACAAAAAGAACAAGUACCGAAGUGUCAUGUGGGCAGGACUGUAAAUGUGGGUCUCAGUCAAAGCCGUGUCGAAACAAGGUAAUCUGUUCUCGAAAGGUUGAUAAAAUGUUGGAUCCAUUGUUGAUUUUUAUACAAAUUUCUUGAAAGAGGUGCAAAUUUGCAAUCUUUGGAAAGAAAACGUUUGUUGUUUUAGCAAAGGAAAUGUGCUGUAAUCCCCACGAUCUGUCCUGCAGAAUUAUUAUGAGGUCCUGUACUGUGUUAAUAUAUUUUUGGAUAAAUGCUCACCGAUUGUUUUUUUUGGUAUGGCAGUAUACCUUGUCAGUCUACAUUUUAGUGUCACACUUCUCCUCUACAAAUGUAGUCAUUAUACUGAACAAAAAUAUACACUAUUGUUUGUUUUCCUGAUAUUUUACCUCUCUUUGACAGGACUGUAUUCAAACUUUGGAUGAGCCAAUGGUGCACAAACUGUGUGUCAGAAGUCUACAAUGUGGAUUAGGGAGCAUGGACUACAUACAUAGUCUGCUAAUUAUGGACGAUGACAAUGAUAGUGACACUGAGAGU